GCCAAAGUCUCAUCAUAUCCUAGCAGCGUCCCUCACUGAACGAUGCCUUGCUGCGAACGACGUCCAUCCCCAAAAUUUCCUGUGACUCAGUCAGUGGGAAUCCACACGCCCUGGCCCACGUCCCACGUCGACACGCUCAGUCCCAACCGACGAGAGCUAUCCACGCCUACAAUUCUUGGACAGGAUCACCACCCAGGCCAGAGGCUGCGACUGAGUCCUCUACUUCACCAUGCCUACCAUCUCCGUCGACAAGUACAAGCUCUACGAGGCCCUCGGUCAAAAAUUUACGACCGAGGAGUUCGAGGACCUCUGCUUCGAAUUCGGCAUCGAGCUUGACGAAGAUACCGAGAACGACACCCGCCCCAUCGUCAAUGGCGUCCAGGAGCCUCCUCAACUCAAGAUCGAGAUCCCCGCCAACCGCUAUGAUAUGCUCUGCUUCGAGGGCAUCGCCCUAAACCUCAACAUCUUCCGCGGCCACGUCCCUCCUCCCAAUUUCCGUGUCGUCGAGCCCAAGGAUGGCAACCUGCAGAUCAUCACCGUCUACCCCGAGACUGACCAGGUCCGCCCCUAUGUCGCUGGCGCCAUCCUGCGCAACAUCAAGUUCACACAGGACCGCUACGAGUCGUUCAUCGCCCUACAAGACAAGCUCCACCAGAAUCUGGCCCGCAACCGAACCCUCGUCUCUAUCGGUACCCAUGAUCUCGACACCGUCAAGGGCCCCUUCACCUAUGAGGCCCUGGUCCCGAAGGACAUCAAGUUCACCCCCCUCAACCAGACGAAGGAGAUGAACGCUGAGGAGUUGAUGACCUUCUACGAGAACGACAAGCACCUGGGUCGCUACCUUCAUAUCAUCCGCGAUGCCCCCGUGUACCCAGUCAUCUUCGACUCCGACAAGAUUGUCGGAUCGUUGCCCCCCAUCAUCAACGGCGACCACUCCAAGAUUACUGUUGAAACCACCAACGUCUUCAUCGAGAUCACCGCCACCGACCUCACCAAGCUGGAGAUUGUCACUGACAUGAUGGUCACCAUGUUCUCCAUGUACUGCGCCGACCCCUUCACCGUCGAGCCCAUCAAGAUCAUUUCGGAGCACAACAACCUCACUCGCGUCACCCCCACUUUCAAGCCUCGAGUCUUCGACGUUGAGAUUGACUACCUCAACAGCUGUACCGGCCUCAACGAGUCCACCGAGAACCUCUGCAAGCUUCUCGCUAAGAUGUCAUACACCUGCAAGCUCUCAGAGAAGGACUCCAACAUCCUCGAGGUUUCCAUUCCUCCCACCCGCGCCGAUGUCCUUCACCAAUGCGACAUCAUGGAGGAUCUCGCCGUGUGCUAUGGCUACAACAACCUCCCCCGCACCGCUCCCACCCGUAGUGCCACUGUUGGUGCCCCCUUGCCGGUCAACAAGCUCAGUGACAUUAUCCGAACCGAGUCCGCCAUGGCCGGCUGGAGUGAGGUCUUGCCUCUGAGCCUGUGCAGUCACGAUGAGAACUUUUCCUGGCUGAACCGCAAGGAUGACGGCAACACCGUGGUCCGCCUGGCCAACCCCAAGACCGCCGAGUACCAGGUCGUGCGGUCGACACUCCUGCCUGGUCUUCUCAAGACCAUCCGUGAGAACAAGGGCCACAGCGUCCCCAUGAAGAUCUUUGAGGUCUCCGACGUUGUCUUUAAGGACGAGUCCCUGGAGCGCAGGGCCCGCAACGAGCGCCACUUCUCCGCCGCUUGGUACGGCCGAACGAGCGGCUUUGAGAUUGUCCAUGGUCUUCUCGAUCGCGUCCUGCUCAUGCUUCGCACGUCCUUCCUCACCCAGGAAGACCCUAGUAAACCGGACGGCUACUGGAUCGAGGAGCUCGAUGAUCCUACCUUCUUCCCCGGCCACGCUGCUGCUGUCUACCUCCGCUACGGCGGAAAGGAGGCGCGCAUCGGCGAGUUCGGUGUCCUGCAUCCCACCGUGUUGGAGAAGUUUGAUUUGAAGUACCCCGUUAGCACUUUGGAGGUCAACAUUGAGUAUUUCUUGUAGAGGACUUGGUGAGAGUUUAGAAGAGGGGGUCAGGGCGAAAAGAGCAUGGGUUCAAGCUGCGGAUCGUAGAUGGCUCAGACGAAAGCGAACGAAGGGGAGUGACACCACGGAGAUCUGAGGGCAGACUAGACCACUUUGCCCACAUUGCAAACAUGUCCAAGAGGAUCUGGUAACCGUCCACCAAACUCACGCAUGUAGAAGACGUUGUCACGCCCGGGAUGACGUUAUGAGAUAGACAAAAAAAAAAACUACACGAUGAGAUAAAGGACACAAUUUAUUUGCAUACCUGCUGA